AUGGACGCGGCUAGAUCGUUCGGGAAUGCUGCUGGGAAAAGGAGAACCUCGAUUAAGAUGAACCGAAAAGAAACAAGCGUGCAUAAGCGUUUUCAACGAGCAACGUAUCGGGUAAUUGUUCCGUGUUGGUGUCUGCAAUCGUUCGGUAGCAGGACAAAAUGGGCCACUCACUUCGAGACCGGUAAGACUUGUGGAAGUGAGGUUGCCGUCGUAGUUGCAUCGGUGGUGUCCUCCAUAACCGCAUCCGUAGUCGCGGUCGUAGUUGCGGUCGUAGUUUCGGUCAAAGUUGCAUUCGCAGUUGAAGUGGUUAUUGCAGUAGUGGUUGCAGUAGUAGUUGCCGUCCUCGUUGAAGAUGUGGUCGCAGUCGUAGUCGCAGAUCUAGUUGCAGUCGUAGUUGCAGUCAAAGUUGCAGAUCUAGUUGCAGUCGUAGUUGCAGUCAAAGUUGCAGAUCUAGUUGCAGUCGUAGUUGCGGAUUUAGUCGCAGUCAUAGUUGCAGUCGUGAUGGCAGUGGAGGUUUUAGUUGCAGUUGUAGUGGUCGACGUCUUCACGGUCGUUGAGGACGUUUUUUUGGAUGUUGAAGCUAUCUUCGUGGACGUCAAAGAUGUUUUCUUGGACGUUGACGACGUCUUUACGGACGUGGAAGACGUCUUCUUAACAGUGGAGGAUGUCUUUGUGGACGUAGAGGACGGUUUCUUUGAUGUCGAAGACGUCUUUGAGGACGCGGCCAACGGCUUUGCGGAUGUGGAAGACGUUUUCCUAGAAGUCGAAGAUGUCUUUGUGGACGUUUUCUUGGAUGUUGACGAUGACUUUGCGGAUGUGGAAGACGUCUUUUUAGAAGUGGAAGAUGUCUUCACGGACGUAGGAGUCAUCUUCUUAGAGGUUGACGAUGUCUUUGUGGACGUUGAGGACGUCUUCCUGGAUGUCAAGAAUGAUAAUCGUGAAAUUUGA